UAAUAAUAUAGUUCAUCUCCAAAUCGUUUUAAUUCCUUAAAAAAAAGCAUAUGAACUAUCUUAUUAUUGGGUGUUUUAAAUACGGGUUUAAUGCUGGAAAUAAGCAGUUACCUGAAAAUAUGUAUUUUCUAUAAAAAUACUAACUUACACGAAUGCAAAGGAAUGAAUCAAAUCUUGUAGGCAGAGAUAUUUCACAAUAUAAGUUACAGCCACAACUUGAGGAAGAGACCAAAAAAUUUAAAACAAAAUCACUCAAGUGAGAGUGACUAUAGGUUACGUGAGCCUCUUCAGUAGGAUACUUUUCAUGAAAUUUACGAAUCAAUUUGGUCGGUUGUACAAAAAUUACAGCCAAACUAUAAUAGUUAGCAGAAUUUUGAAUAAUAGCUAUACAAAUUAUGUGUCUAGUAACAUGUUACAAAAAUUAUGCUUUUAAACGAUGUCACUUGUGGUGAGAAUAACCGGGGUUAGUUGAUGCUACACCUUUAUCUCAAUCCUACUUCCUGAAUAAAAUAAUGAUGCAAAUUCAUAGAUCUUUAGGCAAUUAAAUGUCAUGACAAAUUAAAGCCAUUUUCUCCAUAGUGCUAUAGGUCGAAUAUGCGUUUAAGGGGCUAUUGAGAAUGUUUAAAAUGUCUAAAUUCUAUGUUUAAGUAUCAUCUUUCUGUUUUGUUGUCUUCUUUAAGCUUUUUGCUACGAACUUUUUAAAUAGUUGUUGACACGACACAACAACACAGCAACAUCAACACCUUUUUUUUGUUUUGGGCAACACACAACAACAACAACAACAACACAAACUUAUAAUUUCAUCCUUCCAUUUCCGACACUGAUAAUAUCCGAGACAAAACAUAAAGAUUAUACAAAAUUAAAGCAAGAGUACCAAUGGUUUAUUAGUGGCGCGCUGAAAGGUUUAUGUAUGAAAUUUGACAAAUGAAACAAGUUUAUCAGUUAGACAUAUGAAAAUCUAAAACAUAUAGUUUAGUAGUUUGUAUUAAUAUGCUCUUGUGUUAUUAUCUAGGUUGAACCGUAAUUUGUGUAACUUGUAGACAACAAAACUAUUUUCAUAUAUUUAAAGUUUUUCACUAGAGAAAAACUACCAAAAUUUGGAUGAUCUGGUGCCAGUUAAAAUGGUUCCAUAUUAAUAGGGAUUAUAAGAUUUUAUUAUAUAUUCAUGCAAUAAAAGGUGUCGAAUAAUAUAAAGAAUCCAAUGCCAAGUGGACUCGCCACUAUAAAUACUUGCUCACCCCUCCCUCUUCCCUUUCACAUUCAUUCCUCUCUUCUUAACUAACAUCCAAUCUCUCUCAUUCGUUCCCAUUUUUUUUUGUUAUAAAAAAAAAACUAACGAGAAAAACUGAAAGAUCUCAGCAAGACAACAACAAUCACAAACCCUCCUUCAGAUUCUUUGUUUUGCUAUUUUUCUAAAGAACAUAGAAAAAUGUCACUUGUUGUUUGUCAACCUCAAAUAAACGAGAGUUUCUAUCAAAAAGAUGACAUGGGUGGGUUGAGUUUCCUACAAUCUAUGUCCGAUAUCACUUCCAUUGCCCAAACCAAAGAGGAUAAAGCUUAUGUUCACCCGAUGGAGAAACGCUCUGUUUCUAAACUGAACGAGAAAAGCUUGGAGAUGUGCACUGAGAGUCUCGGAACCGAAACAGGAAGCGAGAGUGGUGACGAGUUGUCAUUGCUUGCGUUUGAAGCAACCACUACUCCUAGGGCUCCUCCUCGUCAACUGAAACCUCAAGAAGAUACUAACUUGCCGGACAAGACACCGCCGAUGAGUCGCAACAACAGUUUCCCACCGCCGAUAAAGUUCGUUGAAGACUCAAAGUAUAAUCGUAUGGUGAGAUGGUUAGGAGAAGAUGGUCGAAUUGUAGUUCAAGCAAUUAGGGUUUCGUCUCCGCCUAGUUGCUUUGUAUCAGAACGUGGUGAAGGAAGGCUUCGUCUCAUUUUAACGUCGGAAAGUUCUCUUCUUAGUCACAAUCACGAGGAGGAGGAAGAAGAAGAAACAGAGGAGGGCAUCGACGAGGAAACUAGUGAGAACUUGGAGGGUAAAAGUGGAAAUAAAAAGUUUAGCAGAUUCAGCAGAAGAUGCAAGGAGAAUGGUCGUGAGCCUAAACCAAUGCUCACUUGGAAGCAGCAGCAGUUUUGGGUCGCUACUUAAACUUAAUUCGGCUAAUUAAUGUGGGUUUUAUUUUAGUUUAUCUGUAUAAUAUGUCUAUAUGUUAUCUUGUCUUUUCUAUUUUUAGUACGAUUUCUUGAGGAGACUAGUAAUGUUUUAUAGUUCUAUUAAAUGUAUUAAUGUUAAAUGGACUUAUUAU